GCAAGACUAUCGUGUACGGCACUUGAGUUAGAGAAGAUUACACAAACAUACUUUCUACACAUAGAUACGAAUGUUGCCCACAGUGGCCCAGACUGACAGCUGGAAGAACGCGAAGCAGGAGUGGCAGAUCAUGUAAGGGCAUCUUGGUUAGACAGUGGAAGAUCGACGAUUUACGAGCAGACAUACUGCUAAGAAUACAUCAGAAGAGUUGACAGAAUAGGCAGAAGGAGGAAGAGCAGUGGGGGAGGGGGUGGGAGAACAAAAGGCGGUAUGACACGUCCUCCCAAUAAUGACAACCUUAUGACCUUCAAGUUGGUUGUAGUAGGAGAUGGAGGUGUUGGGAAAAGUGCUCUCACAAUACAGUUCUUUCAAAAGUUAUUUGUCACGGACUAUGAUCCUACCAUCGAGGACAGUUAUAUACAACAUACAGAGGUAGACAAACAAUGGUGCAUUCUAGAUGUGCUAGAUACAGCUGGUCAAGAAGAAUUCAGUGCCAUGCGUGAACAAUAUAUGCGCAAGGGUGAUGGGUUUCUGUUAGUGUAUUCCGUCACUGAUAAACAGUCCUACGAGAAUAUCAUGAAUUUUUAUACCCAAAUACUUAGGGUGAAGGAUAGAGAUGUAUAUCCCAUGCUUCUGGUAGCCAAUAAAGUCGACUUGGUGCAUUUGAGAAAGGUUACAGAGGAACAGGGAAGGGAGUUGGCACAUCGUUUGGGUAUACCUUACAUUGAAACCUCUGCCAAAGAUCCGCCAUUAAACGUGGACGCAGCAUUCCACGAGGUUGUUCGUAUUAUCAGAAAUCAACCUCCGGCCGAAUUGGAAAAAAAUCGGAGGAAACAGAGACGUUCGGGGAAAUGUAAUCUUUUGUAAACGGGAAAAAUAUCAAGGAUGUAUCGGGGGAUGCGCUACAACCACGCAUCCCUCGUCCCCGAGGGAUCACUUUCAUUCGGGAAAGUGAAACACA